AUGUCAAGAGGGAAGCUUGCUUCUGUCGCUGCCCUCGGCGCCGCCGCAGGAGCAGCAUCGAGCCUGCUGUACACCAAAGCUCAAGAACAAGAUCGUUUCCCUCCUGACACGAUUUCCGUCUCCAGUCCUAUCAUAGAAACAAAAAACCUCUCCUUCCCGAGCCCCAUCUCCAUCUUCAAAGAAAAAGAAAUCACAUCAGGCCCCGCCAACCCAGCCGGGAUUUUGAAAUACGGCUUCCCCGGUCCGAUUUCCGACGAGUUGAAAUCCCUCUCCCUCUACGGGGGCUACGAUCGUCGAACACGCAACCCCUCCUGGGUCGCCGAGCAUAUCACCACCGAAUCAGUCGCCAAGAGCAUCGCGUCACGCAAGAACUACUUCCGCGAAGACCCAGACAUCCCGGCCUUCUUUCGCGCCAAAGUAGCCGACUACGCCGGCUCCGGAUAUGAUCGCGGGCACCAGGUUCCUGCGGCCAACGCGAACUGGUCCCAGGAAGCAAUGGACGAUACGUUCAAGAUGAGCAAUAUGUGUCCGCAGGUGGGGAUCGGGUUUAACCAGCAUUACUGGGCGCGUGUCGAGAAAUUUACUCGGAAUCUGACGACUCGAUAUCCGUCCGUCCGUGUCGUGACCGGUCCCCUGUACCUCCCGCACCGAGACAGUGAUAGCAAGUGGCGGGUUAGCUAUGAGGUGAUUGGGGAUCCGCCUAACGUGGCUGUUCCGACUCAUUUCUACAAGGUGGUUUUCGGGGAGGAAGAGGAUAAUGGAGAUGGACUUGGUGGGCAGGUUGCUAUUGCAGCAUUCGUGCUUCCGAAUGCCCCGAUUGAUAAGGAUAAGGAUCUAAGUGAGUUUGAGGUGGAGUUGGAAGCAGUUGAGCGAGGAAGUGGACUAGAAUUUGCUCGGAAGCUGGAUGCUAAGCAGCGGAAGAAGCUCUGCGAGGAGGUGAAGUGUGAUGUUCGUAUUCAGGAUUUUGCACGUCAGAGUAAACUAUGA